AUGAUUAGCAAAAUGAUAAUGGAUCGUUAGAAGAAAACAUAGAAUAUUGAUGAAAAUGAAUUAGAUUCUUUCAAUCGAUAUUUAUAGAGAGAUAAUCAACCUUUAAAUAUAGGCACUUAACUCUCUUAUUCUAAAAUUAAAGUAAAUGUAGGAAUGCCAGUAAUAACUGAGUAACAAAAUGAAACUCUCGGUAAUACUCAUUAAUCAACUAUAUAACAAAGCAAAAAUUCAUCUCCUUAAAAGAAAGGUAUAGGAAUGGAAGACAUAAGAUUGAAUAUUAGAAUAGUUUUCAAAUUUUAUGCAAGUUUUGGAAAUAGAAACAAUACUAGGUUUUUAAAAUCAAAUAAAUUUAUAAAAAUGUUAUCUGAUGCAUAAAUUAUGCCAUAAUUAUUGUCAAAUCGAGAUUGUGAUAUUUUAUAUGCCUAACAAACUAAAAAUAAUGAAAGUCUAACUUUAGAAUAAUUUUAAAACUUGAUUCCAAAAUUAGCUUUGAUUCUCUAUCCUUAACAUAAAGUUCACUAAGCAUUUCAAAAAUUAUAUAAUGAAUAUCUAUCAUAAUUAUCUUAGAAAAUUCUUAAUUUUACUGAGUUCGGUUAAUAAAUUUAGUUUGUACUCCAACCUAUAAGUCCUGAAAUUAAAGAUUUUGUAGAACCUAUUCAAUAAUAAUUAUCUAAUUUACAUAAAUUUGUUUUUGAAGAUUAAAGCACAAACAUAAGCAAAGUUUAGUGGUAAUUUAUGUAAUUCUUAACGUAAUGCGAAAUCUUACCUAACUAUAUUAAUUAAUCUUAAGCUUAAUUAAUCUUUGAUAACAUAUAAAUAAGGUAAUAAACUCUUAAUUUACAAGAAAAUGGAAAUUACUUAUUUAGUUUAAAUAAUUUUAUUGAAAGUUUGAUAAUAAUCUCAAAAACAGUACCAAAUUUAGAUGAAUUUACUCAAUUUAGAUUAUUGUUGGAUAAAAUUGAACAGUCAGAAGGCUUUAGUUAGUAUUUAAGAAAAUUAAAUAGAACAUAAAGUGAUAAAGUUAGAUUAUUUUAUAACAUAGAAAAAAGUAGAGUUUAUAAAUAAGAAAAUCUGAUUUAAUAAAGUUAAAUGAUUUCAAACAAUUAAAACAAUAUUAGUCACACUAAUAUUUAAAAUUUAUAAAUCGGAAAUACAAAUAAAAAAGUUGAUGAAAGUAAGGUUAAUGUUUCUCUGAUGAAAUAAUCCAAAUAUUUAUCAGAUAUUGAUUAAUCUUUAAUUUCAUCUUUAAAAAAAUUAUUUGAGUUCUUUGCAUAAAGUGGAGAACCAAGCAAUAUUUAAUCUUUAAAAAAUACAAAAUUUAAUAAAUUAUUAUUACAUUCUGGAAUUUUGAAUAAUUUAAUAAGUAUUACAGAUUCUGAUAUGAUCUAUUAAAAAUUAUGUGGUGUUUCAUCUAUAAAAACUCAAUAAAAAAAUAAAUAAUUAACAAAUGGUAAAAUGACUUUUGGAUAAUUUUAAAUUAGUUUAGGAUUAAUAGCUGAAAAAUGUGGAUUGGAUGUAAAUGAAUUAAUUUAAUAAAACAUUUUACCAUUAGAGAAAUAAAUGUCAGAUGAUAAUAAAGAAUAAAUCCUAUAAGUUUUAGUUGAUCUUUUACAAGAUGAAUAAAUUGUAUUAAAUUAUUUAUAAUAUUAGAUUUAACUAUAUGAAAUAAUUUAACCAGUUUUUGAUUGGUAUUUUUAAGAGUAUUCAAAAUAGCAAAAUUCGAUUUUGUUUCUAUCAGAGUUUUUGAAAUUUUGUUAAGAUUUUGAACUUUCCAAUAUUUUAAUAUCUUAAACUUAAUUGACAUCAAUAUUUUACUCUGUAGCUUCUCUUAAUUAAGAAGGAUAAGAAUACUCAGACUAAAUUUUCCUUGAUAAAUCUUAAUUUGUUGAAGCCAUCAGUAUAAUAGCCAUACAAAUCUAUGCUACAAUUCCGAAUAACAUUUAAAGAGUAAUACUAAUAUCUGAUUAUUAGAUUGUAUAUCUCCUAGAAAGAAUAUUUUAGUCUCAAAAUGCUUCUAAAAUUUAUGUUAAGCAAAAUAAGUACAUAUACAUAAAUUAACUUUUAGGUUAUAAGCAAAAUUUUAGAAUGUAAUUGAGGAUAUUAAAUAUCGAUUUCUACAAAAAGAAAAAGGAUAGUAAGAAGAAGAAUAAUAUAAUUUUGAUGAUUUAGUAAAUGGAACUAUUUAAUAAUUUUAAUGA